GUCACAGUGUCCGUCCGGCAGUCCGCCCGGCCGCCCGGACCCAAGAGGCUGUGCUGCUGCUGUUGAUAAGGACCCUCGGUUGGAUUUACGGCUUUUCGAACGGAAGGAAAGAGUCGAGAUAUUUGCAGAUGUCUCGUGUUGCUCUCAUGGUCGCUGCAAUGUUGAUGGUCGGGUCAGCUAUGGCGAGAGAAAGCAAUGAGGUGGACGACGCCCCGAAGGACGCAGAGGACAGCGAGGGGCGCUCGGGGUCCGGGUGCUGGUCGUGCAACGGCGGGAGCGCCAACAAGGACCCCGUCGACACCAUCACGAUCUCGAAGCCGCUGCCGAUCGGCCUCGACCACCUCGGGGGCGGCGAUGGCCUGGGAGGGCUCGGUGGAUUGGGCGGAUUGGGCGGAUUAGGCGGAUUGGGCGGCAUAGGUGGACUGGGCGGCCUGGGCGGACUGGGCGGGAUCUUGGGCGGAUUGGCGCCCGGAUUCUUCCUCGCGCCCAUUCUCGGCCUCAACAUCGCAGGCGUCAUCUUGCUGGCUCUCAUCCUCAAGCACAUUAAGAAAUUCGAACCUUAUGGUGACUAUGAGGAUUCCGUCACCUACUACGCAGCCACGCCCACCUACGUCCCGGCCGCCCCUGCACCCUCCACCUACCAAUCCUACGACUCCUCUGGAGGAUACUCUUCAGGAGGCUACAACACUGGCUCAUCCUACAAGCGAGCGGACACUGCAAGGUCCGCCGAAGGUCCCUCGCCGAUCCAUUUCUUAACCAAGAUGGUCACCCAAGCCCUUGAGAAGUACACACAUGUGGACAGUGAUGAAGAUCAGUAGGGAGAGCAGGAAGGGAGUCUAAUCCUCAGGAAGCUGAAGGAACGGCAGGACAAGAUCCUUGAUGUGACCGUGGGUUGGCUCAGGCCCAUGUCUCCGUGAGUCUCCUGACAUGCACUUAACGAGUUCUGUGGCGAAGGUCAACGCGAAGUAGAAAGUAGUGGACUAGGAACAGUUUCAGAGAUGAACUUGACACGAAUUGACGCGACGAGUGACGAGGUGACGUGACCUUCGAGACUUCAAGUGAUGAUCAAAAUACUGACCGCAAGACGAUAUUUUCUCUCGACAUAGUGAAGACACGUGACUUGACGUGAGCUUAAUGAAUACAUAAGACGACCGACGAAAUUUCAUAAUUCUUGUUAUGAAUCACAACAGACUGAUGACUAUUACGUGGC